GUCAGAAGUUUGAUUAAAUUGUAAUAAUUACUACCGACUGAAUACAGUAAGACCCAUGUGCAUAUUAUGACGUUACGUAUUAUCAUAGCUAAAAUUGUCUGUAAAUCUGAGAUGAGUCUGAUGCAGUAAAUGUAAGUAUUAGGUAGCUAGGUACUUUAUUUUUAAUUAAUUGCUAGUUUAAAUUCAUGUAAAUUUUGAGUAGUUUGUGAUUUGUUUUUUACUUUAAUCAUGCAAAAUAUUAAUUCCUGUAUGUCUUAUUGAAUAGUGGUAGUUAUCCAUAUGGAUGGAAUAUUUUUGGUCAUAUAUGCGACCAAAAAUAUUUUAAUUAAAAAUAAAAUAGAAAAAAUGGACAUGAUCAAAACCUCUGGUCAGUACAAAUAAUAGCAGCAACGAUUUUAUUAAAAAAGCAACGUGAUUAUAUAAAGCCACAGUAGUUAACCAAAACAAUCCAUAUUUUAGAAAUAAAAAGUAUAAUACGAGUAUAGUAAACAGUGUGAGUUGUUGUAGUGGUGAGCGCGUGCGGCGGGGGGGCGGCGGACGAGCGCGUAGCAGGCGUGCGAUGUGAGCCCCGUGCGACCCGUGCAUCCGACGCGCCAGCAUCAUGCAGCGUCUGCGAUCCACCUUCAAGCGCUCCAAGACGCCGACGCCGGCCGACAUGAAGACGCAGAGCAGCCUCGAGGUACCUAAGCAGGUGCGGUCGGCGUCUUUCGAUGAGAUCCAGUUGGAGGCGGCGCGCGUCGCCGGCGACGUCGCGAUGCUCGCCGUGCCGCAGACCGGCGCGCGCAGCCACUCCUUCGACUCCAAUGAUUCCCGGACCUUAAUAAAGUUAUGGCGACAAUGGUUCGGGAAAAGCACCGAGCCACUAUGCGUGCAUUGCCGGCACAUGGAGGCGUGGCUGGCGCGCCGCAGGAAGGAGCGCUACACGCCCGACCGCCUGGCCGUCUCCUCUGCGGAGGAGGACGACGACGACGACGACGACGACGACAGCGAGAUCGAGUCACCGCGUGCGCUGCUGGCGCCGCCGCCCCCUCCCCGCACCCUCGCACCACCACCGCCUCCUCGCACCCUCCUGACGCCGCCAACACAAUCGCCACCACUGACGCCAGGCGCUCCGUCGUUCAAACUCCAGCCUCCCAACGAUGAGCCGCCGAUACUUCUGCAACGGCGCCGCUCCAUAUCGAGGCAAGAAGCGUUCUUCGUCGAGCCGACCGGUAGCUCGCUUGAAAACGUCCGCGCGUCAGAAGAAGAAGUCGCUCAAGACUUCUGCGUACACGACUUCUACUUUGUCGUACCGCAGUUGAACCGGGACCGCGCCGUGUCCGUGGAUUACUGUUUUUCUAAAGUUUCUCGCGGUGCUAGAGCGGAAGAGUUUAAUAAUGCGGGGAAUUCGCUAACUGUGCCGGUGAACGAGCUGCGUUCAGGCUCGGUGGACAUCGCCCAGCAGUCGCAGUACAACGAGUUGCCGUCGACGUCCGCUCAGGUGCCGCCGGCGCCGGUCGACCCGGUCCUGGACUUCGGCCUCCCCGAAGACGAUAGCCGCACGGCAGAAGAAGGGAGCGGAGAGCGGGUGCUGCGCUCAACUCCCGACUGGGGCGAGGCCGCCGUGAGCGGCGAGCACCUGUGGACGGCCUACACUGUCUCGGGGGAAAACUGCUACAUCGGUGAACUGGAAUGCAAGAAAAUCGGUACCCGCAUGAGGUGCUCAGCGUGCAGGAUCAUCACGCACGAAGGGUGCCUCGACGCGCUGCUCAACCGCCUCCAGUUCGCGUGCAAGCCGACCUUCCGCGACGUGGGCGUGCGCCAGUACCGCGAGCAGACCACCAUCCACCACCACUGGGUGCACCGCCGCAGUGAAAAGGGCAAGUGCAAGGCUUGCGGUAAGUCCUUGCGGCGCCGUUGCUGCUGGGGGUGCACGCAAUCGCAGAACUCUGUAGACACGGCUAAUGAGAUAAAUCAUGACAUGGAGAUUGUCCUGCACUCAAAGCUGUCGUUCAGCUCAAAACAAAUCGUGUCUCUGAGUUGCUCGUGGUGCAAGGACGCCUACCACAACAAAGAAAAUUGCUUUAAUAUGCAGAGAAUAGGAGAACAGUGUGCGCUCGGUUUACACUGCAACAUUAUCGUCCCACCGUCGUGGAUUGUCAAACUACCAAGAAAAGGAAGCUUUAAAUCAUCGCUAAGAAAAUCGCCGAAGAAGAAAAGCGCUUCUAAAAAGAAUGGAAAGGGUUCUAAAAACGAACAAAAAACAUUUGUAAUUAAACCGAUACCUACCGAAAACGUGACACCGGUGUUGGUGUUCAUCAACCCGAAGAGUGGCGGCAAUCAGGGCGCCAAGCUGCUCCAGAAGUUCCAGUGGCAGCUGAACCCUCGGCAGGUGUUCGACCUCACGCAGGGAGGGCCGGGCCCAGGGUUAGAGAUGUUCCGCAAGGUGCCGAACCUGCGCGUGCUGGCGUGCGGCGGCGACGGCACCGUGGGCUGGGUGCUGAGCGUGCUCGACCGCGUCGGCAUACAGCCCGCCGUGGGGGUGCUCCCCCUGGGCACCGGAAACGACCUCGCCAGAGCGCUCGGCUGGGGCGGGGGUUAUGAAGACGAGCCAAUCUGGAAGAUCUUGAAAAAUAUCGGUGAGAGCGACACGGUGCUUCUGGACCGCUGGGAGUUGAAGGUGGAGCCGAACCCCGCAGGCGCCGCCGGCUGCUCCAGCGAAGACUUGCGCGAAGCCAAGCCCGAUCUGCCACUUAACGUCUUCAAUAACUACUUUUCGUUCGGGAUCGACGCCAAUAUCGCCCUCGACUUUCAUAAAGCGAGAGAGGAGCGGCCGGACAAGUUCAACUCGCGAAUAAAGAACAAGAUUUUCUACGGCGCGGCGGGCGGCAAGGACCUCUUGUUGACCAAGUGGAAGAGGCUGACGGACUACAUUGAGAUGGAGUGCGACGGCAGGGACAUCACGCACCAGCUUCGCGAGCUCAAAGUGCAUGCCAUUGUUUUUCUGAACAUUCCAAGCUACGGAGGCGGCACGCACCCAUGGUCCAGGUCGGGGGGACCCCACCAGGCCUCCACCGAGGACGGGUACAUUGAGGUGGUCGGACUGACCACAUUUCAAUUGCCUAUGCUGCAAGCGGGCGCACACGGCACCUGCAUCACGCAGUGCAGGACGGCGAGGAUCGUGACGACGCGAGCAAUCCCGAUGCAAGUGGACGGCGAGGCGGUGUCCCUCGCGCCCUCCAUCAUCACGCUGUCUCGGUUCAACCAGGCCAUCAUGCUCGCCAAGAAGAAACGCGGACGCGUCAAUGCUCUUCAAACGAAGACAGAGAAACUUUCUCUCCCCGUGAAUCUCCUUAAGAUGGCUGAUUAUGAACGUUAUCAUUAUGAGAAGGAAAUACUCGCAGAGACAGCGGAAACGCUGGGCGUUUUAGAAGUAGACCCUGCCGCGGAUUUGGAGCUGAUGCGCGGACUCAUUCAGGCUCUGAUCAAUGAAUCCGAAGCGCACCCAGACCUGGACGACUGGUGGUUUGUCGACACUGUAACAGCGGAGCGGUUCUUCCGAAUCGACAAAGCCCAAGAGCACCUACAUUACGCGACGGACAUCGGGAACGAGAGCAUCUUCAUCCUGGAACCGGCGCCGGUGCAGUCCGAGGAGGAGUCCACGGCGCCCCUGGAGGCCAGCGCGUCGCUGGGCCGCUCCGGGCCCUCCACGUCGCUGGAGACCACCACCGGCCUCUCCGUCUCGUUCGACAUCUCGCAGAGCGUUGACACAGCGAGCGCUGGCGUGUCGCUAGACAAUCCUGAAUCUUAUGCUAGCGAAUCUGGCCUGGGUACUGCGGACCACACGGAAGAAUUUCUGACUCCUCAAACGCCCCCGCCGUCAUUUCCCGGGCCUUCAACCUCUCGAUGCAAAGCCCCGCAACCUCCUCAACCGCGAGCCCCCACACCGACGGUUCAACCACCCCCUACCCCUAAGCGCUCAGCAGCGCAAGCGUCAGCCUCGGCACACAAGUCUUCCUCCCCACCACUGUGCACUAGCCCUCUCCCCAAGGACAACCCACCGUCCCAAGACGCCAUCGCCCGAUUCAAAACCAUUCAUGAAAAACUGUUUGGACUUGAUCAGGAAGUGUUUGGCUAUAGAAACUUAUUGGAGAAAACUUCAGAAGCUCUCCUGAAGGCCGCAAAACUUGGAGAUUUAAAAAUGUUAAAGGAGCUGCACGCAGCGGGCUACUCGCUGCUGUCGAUCGACGCCAGCGGGCAGACCGCGCUGCACGUCGCCGCGCGCUACGGGAACAAGGAGAUCGUCAAGUACCUCAUCGCGAGCGCGCCCACCGCCAUCCUCAAUAUGCCCGACAACGAGCGCGGCCAGACUGCGCUCCACAAGGCGGCGGCGAACAAGCGUCGCGCCGUGUGCUGCAUGCUGGUGGCGGGCGGCGCCAGCUUGACGCACGCCGACCGCGCCGGCCUCACGCCGCGCCUCCUGGCGCUGCGCGCCGAGGACCGCGACCUCGCCGCCUACUUGGAGAGUGAGUGCAGCCUCCGACACCCCAAAAUGAGCGGUCAGGAGCAUUUUCAAUUAGUGUCGGAAGAGCUGGAAACACCAGUUUGAAAGAACGAAGUUCGCGGCGCGCUCGCCCGCGAGUCCCGUGACGUGGCGGCGACGGAACGCUACGCGCUGUUUAAAUAAUAGCGCUGUUUUCUGAGACAUUCUUACAUAAUACUAUUAAAUUAUAUUAUUUACACCAAAGUGAUAUUUAGAUCUUUUUUGGAAACUAAGACAAUUAAAUGUUUCAUUAGAAUCUUGUCAUAGAACGAGUUGUUAAGUACCUACUUUAUAGAGCGAUGUGAUUGUGAGUUAGCUUAAAGCUAUCACUCAAAUUGGUUUGAGCAUACGAAUGACUAUGUUAAAAUAUUAGAUUAAGGAUCUUUUUCUAUGUAAAAUUGUGCAUUACAUGAGAACGCAUUAAUAACCAUUUUGUCGUUAACGACCUACCAUAAUACUAUUUUAUUACAUUACGUGUUACACUUAAAACACUUCAUGGUACAUUUUAAUCACAAUAAUUGCCAAGUAACUUAGGUGACUAAUCGGUCAAUGCAAAGUUGUGUUACAUACCUAUACUUAAAUAAGAUUAUUCUGAAAGUCAUUACGGAACACAACGGUGGCAGAACUACCUAUUUACCCAAUUAAUCUUUCCGACGACGUCUGCAGUUAGAGCGGCUAAUAUAAUUUGUAGAGGUACGCCGUUAUGCCACUAAUGUAUCCGAUCUAGUCGACUUGCAUGUUAGUUGUAAUAAGCAUAUAAAGAGGGUAAUUUUAAUUUGAUAUCACAUUCUUGAGUUCUUCAAAUUUACUCAUGAAAGUAAAACCAUUAUUCGAUAGAUUUGAGCUGACACCAAAGUCAGGUACUUAGUACCCAAUAUUUAUUAAUGAGUUUAUGUACAUUACAUAUUGCAGAGUUGUUAUCAGAAAUAUCAUAAUAUUUAAUUCAUCUGUCUUCAAUAAAAAUAAGUAUUGAUGUUGAAUGUUAUACUUAAUAAAAUAGUGGUUUCAAUACUUAAAUCUAUCCGAACUUAUCUAAAUGUAUCGAAGUAUUAUUAAUCUUAAGAAAUAUGUGAAUCUUCGGUUUUUACGAAGUAUAAACGAAUUGAAAUCAAGAAGUAUAUUAUUAAAAAUAUGUCUACAAAUACACAAUUAAUCUUUCCGACGAUGUCUGCAGUUAAAGCGGCAAGUACUCCGUUAUGCCACUAAUGUAUCCGAUAUCCGAUAAGUUGACUUGCAUGUUAGUUGUAAUGUUUGUUACUUUUAGUAAGCGUUUAUAGAAGGUAAUUCUAAUUUGACAUCACAGAUUGAGUUCUUCAAAUUUACUCAUUAAAGUAAAACCAUUAUGCGAUAGAUUUGAGCUGACACUAAAGUCAGGUACUUAGUACCCAAUAUUUAUUGAUAAGUUUAUGUGCAUUACAUAUUGCAGAGUUGUUAUCAGAAACUUCAUAAUAUUUAAUUCAUCUGACUUUAUUAAAAAUAAGUAUUGAUGUUGAAUGUUAUACCUAAUAAAAUAGUGGUCUCAAUAUUCAAAUCUUUACGAGCUUACCUAAAUGUAUCGAUGUACUCUUAAGACAUCUUAAUAUGAAAAUGUCUUAAGAAUGUGUAUGAUAAGAAAUAUGUGAAUCUUCGGUAUUUACGAAGUAUAAACGAAUUGAAAUCAAGAAGUAUUUUAUGUAAAAAUAUGUCUACAAAUACUCAAUUAAUCUUUCCGACGACGUCUACCGUUAAAGCGGCAAGUAUAAUUUAUAUAGGUACAGUCAGCAUCAAAAGUAGCGGAUCAAAUAACGCUUCAUAAGUAUCUACCAUUCUGUAACAGCUUAACAAAAAGUGAUGUCUUUAAUAUAGAACAACAAAGACUGUAAAAGAUAUACUUUGGAACGCGAAUUCUAGAAAUUUAUCUAUAUUUGGAAAAGUUAUCCCGAAUAUCAGAUACUUUUGGCGCGUUGUUUCAUCCGCUACUUUUGAUGCUGACUGUACUCCGUUAUGCCACUAAUGUAUCCGAUAUCUAAUAAGUUGCUUGCAUGUUAGUUGUAAUGUUUGUUACUUUUAGUAAGCAUGUAUAGAGGGUAAUUCUAAUUUGACAUCACAAUCUGAGUUUUUCAAAUUUACUCAUUAAAGUAAAACCAUUAUCCGAUAGAUUUGAGCUGACACUAAAGUCAGGUACUUAGUACCCAAUAUUUAUCGAUGAGUUUAUGUGCAUUACAUAUUGCAGAGUUAUUAUCAGAAAUUUCAUAAUAUUUCAUUCAUCUGACUUCAUUAAAAAUAAGUAUUGAUGUUGAAUGUUAUACCUAAUAAAAUAGUGGUCUCAAUUGUUAAAUCUUUCCGAGCUUAUCUAAAUGUAUCGAUGUACUCUUAAGAAAUAUGUGAAUCUUCGGUAUUUACGAAGUAUAAACGAAUUUAAAUCAAGAAGUAUUUUAUGUAAAAAUAUGUCUACAAAUACUUAAUUAAUCUUUCCGACGACGUCUACCGUUAAAGCGGCAAGUAUAAUUUAUAUAGGUACUCCGUUAUGCCACUAAUGUAUCCGAUAUCUAAUAAGUUGACUUGCAUGUUAGUUGUAAUGUUUGUUACUUUUAGUAAGCGUAUAUAGAGGGUAAUUCUAAUUUGAUAUCACAGUCUGAGUUCUUCAAAUUUACUCAUUAAAGUAAAACCAUUAUCCGAUAGAUUUGAGCUGACACCAAAGUCAGGUACUUAAUACCCAAUACUUAAGGCCUGUACCGAAAAAAAACUGUAAAUUUCAAGCCGCUGUAAUUUUGUUUCUAAGCAAGAUGACUACGACUAAAAAGUCUUAUUAUUAUAUUAUAUAAUCCAAUAUAAAUAAUUGUCUAACACUAGCAAAUAGAAAAGAUCACUGAAAAUUUUAAUUUUCCACAUAGCAAGAAAAUUUACAACAUCCUACAUGCCUGAUUUCGAAACACUUAAAAUUAUCUCGAAGUUUCGAGCAUUUUAUAAUAAAUAACUAAUUUAGUAUGUUUUCUCUUGAACAAAGGCUUCGAAGCGGUAGAUCUCUAGGAAAAAAUGACCCUGGGCCCAUCGCAAAGAUUGCUAAUAGAAUUUGCGAAAACGAAGCAUACAUAUCAUAAUUAUCGUAAAUACUGGGGUAGAUAUGCGGCUAAAGUGCAACGAAACUAUGAUGAAAGUCAGUUCAGUUCUUCGUACGUACAAACUUCGACUUCGUACGAACGUUAGGAUAGCUAAAGUUACAGAAAACGUGUGUAACUUAAUUCUAGGCCAAGUCGAAAAUCAUACAAUUUCCUUCGUACGAAAAUCGCAUUUGGCAGUUGACAUAGAAUACAGUAAGAGCUCCAAACGUGCUGCAGUGCCGUUCUCUCAACUAUUAUUGGGCUCAAAUCAAAAGUGUAUUAAAAAGAAGAAUGAAACAGCAAAAAAAACAUUAACAAUUCCAGCAGGUGAUGGGCUGAUGCAGGUAAAUAUGAAAAACGGGUCCGUAAAAAGCUGCCACUGAUGCGCUAGGAAGAAGCUGCCUAUCACUCCUACAGAACAAAUAAUAAAUAAAAAAAUGGACAAUUAUCUAAAUUAAAAGUAGCUUUUUAUUGUAGUUAUUCUAAAAACAAUACAAUACAAUACAAAUCCUCUUUAUUGCACAACCUCUGAAAAAAUGUACAUGGAAACACAUAAAAUACAUGAAGAUAGAUAAAUACAUGGAGAUAAAAACCUUAGUUUAUUCUCAAUCGCAUUUUUUUUUUCUAUUAAUAAUUUACAGUUUUUUUUCGAUACUCCCCUUAUUGAUGAGUUUAUGUGCAUUACAUAUUGCAGAGUUGUUAACAGAAACAUCAUAAUAUUUCAUUCGUCUGUCUUAAAUAAAAAUAAGUAUUGAUGUUGAAUGUUAUAUUUAAUAAUAUAGUGGUCUCAAUACUUAAAUCUAUCCGAGCUUAUCUAAAUGUAUCGAUGUAUAUUACUCUUAAGAAAUGUGUGAAUCUUGGGCAUUUACGAAGUAUAUACAAAUUGAAAUCAAAGUAGUACGUAAAAAUAUUUCUACAGAUACUCUCAAGUAGGAACCACGACCUACAUUUACCGAAGUACAUUUAGACAUACAUGUUAACAUAGCGUCACAUGCUACUUUGUUAAACAACCUAAAACGCUAGAGGUACAGUCAGCAUUAAAAGUAGCGGAUGAAACAACGAUAUCUGUAUAAUAUCCAAACAUGUAUAAUAGCCAAAAGUAUCUGAUAUUCUGGAUAACUUUUCCAAAUAUAGAUAAUUCUCUAAAACUCACCUUCAAAACUAUAUCUUUUACAGUCUAAAUUAUUCUACAUAUAGAACCAUCAACUUUUGUUAACCUGUUACAGAAUGGUAGAUACUUUUGAAACCUUGUUUCAUCUGCUACUUUUGAUGCUGACUGUACCUACGCUUCCUUCAAAAACCUAUUACGUAGUGAAAGUCUAUUGCAUAGGUGGCAAUAAUAAUUAGUAAAACCUACCACACUUAUUUAUGAUCUCAUCGUUGUGCGUUUAAAAUAUUAUACGGGUUUAUUUACGUAUCAUUUAUCACUAACCCGAAUUUCAUACCUCGUGUCGUGUCAUGCCUAUCAUACUGCAUAAUUAUUAUUUUAUACCUUUGCCUCUAUCUACGCUACGCCCCCUCGCCUGGUCGUUUGAUGUAAAGUCACACCGAGAGUACAUGAUGGUCAUCCGCGAUCUGAUUUUGUAACUAUAAAAUAUAUUUCUUAUUAGCGAUGAAUCGUUAAUUAAUUAAGGUUUUUAAAUUUUAUUUUAUUUGACACAGAGCGUUUGUUAGUUAUAAGAUAUAUAGAUGCGUGACCGCGCGCAGUACUUCAUGCGAUGUUACUCACGAGUUCAGUACUUAUACCUACUGUUUAUUUUCAAUACCUCGAGGUAUAGACAUACUUAAUAAUUUAGUAACUAACGAAUUUACUCGUACUACUCGCGGAUAAGCGAACAAUGAAAGACAAAGCUGUGAGAAUUUUGGUCAUAAUAUAAGAAGUAAGUUCUUUUUUAACUUAAGCAAAAACAAUGUAGCUUUUAAAAAUAGAAGAAAUGAAUUUUAAGAAAUGUUUUGAUUGUAAAAUGAAAAAAAAUCAGAAAUUAUGAUCAGCUACUUAGCUGUGAGUUGAACUUAAAAACAAUCUGUCACAGGACAGUGCUGAUUUCGUCCAAUUAGCUCAAUAUAAUUUUGUUAUCUUGCUUAGUUAAGUUGUAACCAUUUCUAUAAUCCUUUUAUAAACGUACCAAGAGUACAAUUCGGUUGUUAUAUUCCGAAUGGUAUAGUUAUGACAAAUAUUACAUGCUGAAGGAUGAAAAGGUUCUUCAAGCUGACAAUGUCAGCCACUGGCGUGGCGCUCAGGAGAAAAUGGCGUCGGCACUAACAUACUCAAUACUGUUUUCAUACAAAACUGACGUCUUUUUUAGUAACCCAGUAGCCGGAAAAUGUAAGCUGUAUGAUAGCACCAGAUGGCGUGCCUGCAUCAAACUUAUAUGUGAUAAUUUUCUAUUAGAUAAUAUUAUAAUCUUUGUACCUAUACUUUACUGGUGGCCUUCAUAUAGUAUAUUAUAAUAUAUUAUGAUAAUUCUUCUAAAUUAAAUAUAUUAUAUUAUAUCAUCAAUUUCCGAAUUUCUUAAAAGAUUUUAAUAUAUCACUAGUUAUAUAAGAAACGUAUAACAUAUAAUAGAUAAAAAAAAUGAUAUAUUUAUAUUGAAACUUUAACGACCGGUCUGGCCUCGUGGGUCCGGCCUACGAAGCCGAUGGUCCCGGGUUCAAAUCCUGGUAAGGGCAUUUAUUCGUGUGAUGAGCAUGGAUAUUUGUUCCUGAGUCAUUUUUUCUAUGUAUUUAAGUAUUUAUAAAUAUUUAUAUAUUAUAUAUAUCGUUGUCAACACAAGCCUCAUUAAGCACAUCCCACAGUAAGUGGGACUUAGUCAAUUUGUGUAAUAAUGUCCUAUAAUAUUUAUUUAUUUAUAUAUAUAUAUUUUUUUCAGCCAAGUUUAAAAUCUAUCAAUACUUAAUAGUCUUAUUAUUUAAUUGACUUGUUUUCUGUCUCAUGCCUCAUACGUAUUGAACUUUUAGUAAUAACUACUUUCGAUCCUUUUCUAGGAUAUCAGCCGGCAGUUAAAGUACAAACCUAAACCAGUCAUUCAUUAUUUAAAGUACAUACAUACAUUUCCUCACGCCUGAAGUUGUAUUUUUUAUUUUGUUUUACAAUUAUUCAUAUUAAGCAGUGUAUGACAAAAGAUCUCCUAGUUAUGUGUCCCACAAUAGAGAAAAUUGCUAUCAAAAAGAGAUUUGGGAGAGUGGAGGGAAUAUAAAUGGUUUUAUGUAAUGAGUGUGGCGUUGAUGAAGUAUUAAUAGUAAUUUAUUUAUUUAUAGUGGCCAAAAUUUCGUUUGUAAUUUAGAGCAUUACAUUGGUGUAUCAAUGUCAUAUACGUUAAAAAAAAAGAUAUGUUAAUGUGAUUGUUAUUGGUAUGUUAAUUAAUUUAUGGUUGUAAAAAAAAAUUGUGAAUGAAAUGCUCUGGUUGCCUUUGGUUGACUGCGGAUGUAAGUAUCCUUUAGAAAAUGUGUAACUGUAUUGUAGGUAUCUGUUUUCAUGUUAAAUGUACUAUCGAAUACAUUAUUACAGAAAGUAUUAUAAAAGACACUUCAUAAAUUCACUUAGUAAUUUAACGUCUUAUUUUGAUAUUUCCUGGAUAUUUAAUUUAAAAACAUAGUCGUUGGAACAUAGUCGAAGUUGCUACGAGUUGAGUCAACCAUAAGUUGUUAUGUAAUCUAUAUACUACACUUAUGAAACGGUUCUUGAGUCAUUUAAUUAAGUUAGUUAAGUUAUUUAGAACCGGUGGUAGUUUUUGACAUUCAAAAGUGCAUUGGUAUACCUAAAUUGAAAAAUAAAGAUUUCACUUUCAGUUUCGAAAUGUUAACGCUUUUAUAAUGAACAUAAUACAGCACUUUCUAAAGUUUCACUAGAUUGACUGGCUCAAUUCUUACCAACUUAAUAUAUUAGUACUAAUAUGACAUAUUUUUGAAACAUUGUAAUUCUUAAUUGAAAAUGUGAAAAAACUCAUACUAAAUUUUACAUAGGUAAUUUACUACAUACAUAAUAUAUACAAAUCAAAAAGUACCUACCUAAACGUAAAGUACUUUUCACCACACCAACUGGUAAAGGCCCUCUUGAUUUCAAAAUCGAAUGAGAAAGUUGCAUUUUAUCCACAUGUGGGGCAAAGUAAUCAGAUGUAAAUUUUGAGUUGUUUCCUUAUGUUAGCUAGUAGAAUUGACUUUUAAAUGAUGAUUUUGAAUGAUUAUUUUUUUAUUACGUUCAUUUGGAUUUGAAUUUUAUUGGUAUUUCAUACUUAGUAGUUUCCUCGUGUUUGUGUGGUGAAAAAUUUUGUGUUUUACUUGGAGGCAAAAUUUGUUUAACCCUCGUGCAUUGAAACCCCCGCAACACUCAAGAUUCCACUUCUCGAACCACUCGCUACGCUCGUGGUUCAAUUUUGGAAUCUUUCGCUUGCUCGGGUAUCAAUAUAAGCACGAGCGGUUAAACAACAACUUUGCCCCCUUGUAAAACAAAUAACUAUUAAAUCAUAUUUUGAGAGCACUCCUUUCAUUAGGUACAUUAUUUUUGCACUAACUAAAAUCACUAUUUUAAAUAAAAUAUUUUAACAAUGUACACUGAAUGAACAAUAAAGUGAAGCAUCUUAAA